UGUUUAACGUGUCUUUUCACAGCGGCGCAGGGUUUCAAGUGUGUUUUUUUUCUUUUUCUUCAAAUUUCCCCAAGGUACUUCGGCAACAGGACUCAGUGGGAUUACCGAGGAGCCUCCAAUUUAGAGGACUUACACCAACGAUUAAGCAGCAUUAUGAUCAGGCGAUUAAAGAACGAGGUUUUAACCCAGCUUCCUCCUAAAAUCAGACAGCGCAUCCCGUUCGACCUGCCGAAAGACAUAGCAAAGGAAAUGAACACCAGCUUUGAAGAAUGGGAGAAACUGAUGAGAUGUCCCGAAUCGAUCUUCAGACUCCACCAGUCCGUUCAUCCAAGUCAUGGGGCUCAUCACACGCAUGUAUAAGCAAACUGCUCUAGCUAAG